AUGAACAACUCUUCAAAGCUGUCGAAGACAAAAUCAGCGAAAGAACCUGCCGAAAUCUCUAUUUCUGAGUCCUUUAAGAGGUAUGAAACAGAAUAUCAAAAUGUAUUAAAGAUUGAAAAACAUAAUGAACAAUUAACUGAAAAAAGCAUAGCUUUGAACAGACAAAUUGAAGCUCUUCGAUACAAAAAUAACAGAGAUCAACAAAUAUUGCAGGUUAGACAGAAUUUCAUUCAAAAACAAACCGCAAAAAUCGAAGAAAAUAUAAAUAAAUAUCAAGAUGAUAUAGAAAAGGCAAAAGGAAUCAACAAUGAGAUUACUUCAGUUCAGAACGAAGGCCAGUCAUUAAUUGAACAAAUUAACAGUAAAUUAGAAAAUUUAAUCCCUCCAGAACCUCCGAAAUGGGCUUCUGAAGAUGAAAUGUUGCAAUACAAGAGAGCCAAACUUAAGGCUAUCAAAUUCAAAAACGAAAUGCAAAAGAAAUUAAUCCAAAAUUUAAUUCCUCAUCAAAAAGAAAUUUUCCAGCUUCAAUUACAAGCAUUCCAAGAUAGAUUGAAUGCUGCUGAUAAAAGAUGCUCAGUUAGCCAGAAAAUCCUUGAAGAUCAGCACGAAUACUUAAUCAAGCAGAAAGAAGCUGAAAUUUCCGAACAAAACGAUGUAGCUGAUGAUGCUGAAUUAUGCAUAGCCAGAACCCAAAUAGAUUCCUUCGAAUUCGACGUCGGAAACCAAAUGAUUUUAACAAGUGACUUAGAAGCUUCAAAUGACCAGCGCCUUAAGAAUCUACAAGCCAAGGAAGCUGAAGUAUCCGAAACCGAGCAAUUUAUCAAGCAAGCGCAGAUCAGUUCCGCAACUUCCAAAUCCCAAAUUGAUUUUGAACUUUUCGACGCGCAAUCGACCAUCCCGUUAUCAGAGAGUAAUGAACAACUUGUGAUUCUUGAUCCUGAUGUCCCACAGGACGCAAUUGUCACUCAAAUUGUAAAUCACGCAGAUCAAGAGUAUCCUGAUGGAAAAGAGAAGCAGAGACGUGAAGAUUUCCUUAAUAGAUACCAUCUCAAGGUCUCUAACUUUGCUUUAUUGAUCAGAGAAAGAUCUGAAAUUGAAGCUCUUCAAUUACAGAUAAAUUAUGCCCAAAUUGAGCAGAAAGAAGCUCAGUUUACCUUAUCUCAGAAGGAAGCACUCGUUGCAAGAACAAAAGAAGCUUUAAAGCGUCAAAAAGAAUUAUUUGAAAAAAUGAAAGCAAAAGUAGAUGAAGCAGACGUUGGAGAUGAAUUCAUUGAGAAGUAUAUUGAUAGAAAUGAUAGAAUCCUUCAGGAAUCUCGCGGUCUUCUUGAAGCAACAAGGAAAGAAACAAUUGAUGCUGAAAAUGAGCUCAAAGAGCUUCAGGAAGCAUUAAAUGCUAUGAGUAAUAAUUAA